UUGACAUAUAGAUAUUUCCGAAUUUGAAAACCACUUUUAAAAUAGCGUCAAACGGAAUUAAAACAAAGAAAAACGACUGUGUUUUUUUGAAUUACUAAACACACGAAAUUCCAUUGAAACGAUACCAAACAGGACGAAAUCCGAUCCGGCAUUAAAUCGCUUCGUUUCCAUCGAAGAUCGAGAAUCGCCUGCCAUGAUUGAUUUUAGCGUCAUUUCGAUACGGUCGAAAUAAAACGGUUUUAAAGCGAAAUGGACGGGAAAAGGGAUUUACAAACGGUAUAAAAUUACGAGAGCAUUUUAAUAUUAUCAAGGAAAUCGUGGAGAAAAUACGCAGAAUAAUGUUUCUUUGUUGUCCAGUUUAUCAGAAACGACCUUGAAGAAAUGUCUGCGUGAAACCUAACCUCACAAAAAAGUGUUUGUUUACAUCUACACCAGUUACAAGAAAAACACGUUAAAAUUAGCGAAAACGACGGAUUUUUACCAUGUAAAUCACACACAGAGUACUCAGGAUGGUGGUGGACUUGUCUAGCAGACCUUUUCAAACGAAAAUGCAACCGGCCGGUAUGAACAUGAACCCGAAGGAGCUCUCCGAGAACGAUGACAUCGCCACUUCCUUGGUACUGGACCCCUAUUUGGGGUUCACCACGCACAAAAUGAACACCAGGUUCAGGGCGCCGAAGGCCAACAUCAGCGAGCUCAAGAGCAUCGUGGAAGAAUUUGUGAAAAAUCAAAAUUACGAUAGGACUUUCGAGAGGAUUUCCAAAGGCGAAUGGUGGCCGAGGAUUAAGUUUAAAGUGCACCACAAGAAAUUAGAAGAUCACAUCUAUCGUUAUCUCAGAGUGUUCGAUAAAGAAUCCGGUUUCAUGAUAGAACCCUGCUACAGGUACUCGUUAGAAGGGCAAAUCGGGGCCAAAAUCUCCUCUACGAGGAAAUGGUACAAAAACGACAAAAUCGAACGACUAGUAGGUUGUAUAGCAGAACUCACCGAAGAAGAGGAAAAACAAUUAUUGCAUCCCGGAAAAAACGAUUUUUCCGUAAUGUACAGCUGCAGGAAGAAUUGCGCACAACUUUGGUUAGGCCCAGCGGCGUACAUAAACCACGAUUGCCGGGCGAAUUGCAAGUUCGUGGCGACGGGGCGCGACACCGCCUGCGUUAAGGUCCUGCGAGACAUCGAAAUCGGCGAGGAGAUCACCUGCUUCUACGGCGAGGACUUCUUCGGCGACAAGAACUGCUACUGCGAGUGCGAGACGUGCGAACGACGCCGCACCGGCGCCUUCGCCAACGAGACCGAUCAGAAAGAAGAGAACGGCUACAAGCUCAGAGAGACGGAUAAUCGCAUAAACAGGACCAAAGUGAAAUCGAAAUCGCAAUCGCAGGGCAACCACGGCGUUAGUAUACAGGGCAACAAUCGUCAGAACGGCAAACUUAAAUUAGAUACGAUAAUCAGCCCGUUGAGUAUGAAAGAAUUGCGCAGCAAAGGCCUGACGAAGUACGACGCGGAGUUGCUGAUAGCGCAGGGUUGCCAGUUCUCCGACAUGAACGAGUACCGCAAGCGUAUGGCGAACAAGCGGAACGGCGACGGCAAGAAGAACCGCGGCCGGAACAGGAGCAAAGAGUCUGUGAUAGGCGAGGAGAGCGCGACGACGGCGACGGCGGUGAGCACGAGGGCGUCGCGGAUGCAACGACGGCAGGCGAGACGGGCGAAUUUCGAACUGAUGGGCAGCACCGCCACGAGGACGGUGUCGUCGCGAUCGAAUUUGCUGGACGAUUUGCACAGCAACGCGAGCAGUUGCCCGAGCACGUUCAGCGACACCGAGCCGGGCUACGAUGCUUCCUCUCUACACCACAAUAGUAUUAAUUCGUUAGAUGCGAUGGAAAAAACGCCGGGCAUAACGUUGCGCAGCCACAAAUGCCUGCGGGAUCCGACGCCCGAAAUGGCGACGCCCUGUAUACCUUUAGAAGACCAGCCGCCGGCUAAGUUGCAUUCGCAGUUAAGGCAGGUCGAUUGCAAUCAAAACGGUAUGACGGAUAUCGAGGAGAACGACGUCGUUUCGAGGAAGAACCAUCGCAGAAAAGAAGAGGCGUCGAUCGAUAACGGUACGGCGGGCGUCGCGAAAUCGUUUGGCGGUCACGAGAACGACGACGAGAAGAGCGAUAUAUACGAAUUUAACGACGACGAAACGAACGAGAACGUUGUAGUUUUGCGGAAAAAUAAAGCCGUACCGGAUAAUAAUAAUGACGGUUCGAAUUCGAGAGAAAAGUCUGAUGAAACCGAAAUUACUGCCGCGGAGACCAAAAACGAUAACGAAAUCAAUGAAAGACCACCGACGUGUGUUCAAGCAGAGCAAAAGACUCCGGAGAAGUGCGGCCGUUUGAAGUUGACGUUGCGCAUGAAGCGCAGCCCCGUCUUGGACGAAGUCAUCGAAUCGGGGCACGGCAUCGGCGACGAGAGCAGCCCGUACUUCGAGCCCGAAUACGAGGUGUUGCGCGUCGAAGGCGUCGAAAGCGACGGUCGCGACGCCGACGACGACGCCCCUGCGGGCGCGAACGGUCCGGACGGCAUUAACGAAACGGUGGAUUCGCCGUCUCGGACGCCCACCAAGUUCCCGUCGCACAGGAAGAAACGGCACAAAUCGAAGACGAAAAAGCGCGGGAAGCGCGCCAGGUCCGACGAUAGUGACAAACUGUUGCCCAGGUUGCAAAUGAAACGUUUGAAAUUGAAAUUCGGUAACGAAAGUCACACUAUAGAUAUAGAUAUACCGUCCACUAGCGAUGAUAAUUAUCGAAUGUGAUGUGGGGGGCGGUGUCGAGUCAAUAAUGGUAGUAAAUUAGAAGGAUUAUUUGCUUGUAAACCAACAAAUUCUUUAGUUUUAUUUUAGUUAUUAUUCGAAUUAAGCGAGCAGUCCUUCUAACGUAUUGAUCUAUUUAACUUGCAUUCUUUACGUAAAUCGGUUGCAGGGGCGUAAGGGUCGAAAUUACUCCUCCUUUGCGCUAAAUUUAGAUUCCUAUUAUAAUUUUUUUACGCCCCCAGCCGCCCCUGUACGCGUAACUUUACAACUAACCUAAUGUGAUUUGUUUAUCGUAUGACGAUAUAAUUAUCAUUUUGAAUAAUUAUGUAAUACUCAUUCGUCGCGCCGUUAGGACAAUUCGUGUAUAAAAUAUUUAAAAUCUUUAUAGGUGUGCUACAACAAAAGUUAUUUCCAUAUUCCAUUGUUUAAUUGAAUCUAACGACUAAUUGCAGUUGGAUUUUCACCGUUCAAAAUGAAUUCAUCGUCCUAUCGAUAGACUAAAAUGUAACGCAGUAUUCUGUUUUUUUUUGCAAUAUGUAUAAUUUAUGCGGAUUUUUAAACGAAAUGUGAUUUUAUUUCGUACUAGAGGCGAUUUCCAUUACUCACAAUUAAAAUUCGUGCUGGAUUUUUUGCGUAAACAACAAAUUGUUCAUUUACAGCGUUUUAAUAUCACGAUUCUAAUUCGUUUGUUCCAAGGGAAAGGUCCGGAACAAUUCGGUACAGUUCAGAACCGUUUAGAAUAUCCUAUUGGAACAAACCUCGAUAUUUUAAUAGAGCAUGUUCAAGGGGGGGAUUUAAGACUAAUUUAUUUAUUUUUAGUUUAAUCAAUUAUCCUUGUAUAGUAUCAAUUUUGAAGACUUUAGAUAAAUAAAUGUAGUAACAAUUUAAUUACGAAAAUUCAUGUAAAUACUUACUUUAUUUAUUUUUUACUUGCGAAUAAUUAUCGGAAAAUUGUGUAUAAAUGUUUUUAAUAUGUUUCGAG